AUGGCUGACAAGGCUCAUUCCGAUACAAACCCUCUUUUGCGCCGUCCUUUGUACAUCUACGAUCUUCCGCCAGAACUGCUGCUUUCCUUGACUCCAGCGGGACAGGUACAGGAGCAGUCGCAGCCACAGACACAGCCACAAAACUCACUCCCCGAGUCAAUACCCACAGGUCGAGAGAGCAGUCCUAACGAAGAUGGCAUUGCGGCCCCAACAUCAUGUGCACUGUGUAGAGUUUCCUUCGACAAUGUCCAAGACCAGCGACUGCAUGUCAAGUCGGAUUUCCACAGAUACAACCUCAAACUCACCAUAAAACAACUCCCUCCGGUGGAUGAGGCCACUUUCAUUAAACUGAUCGGUGACCUGGACGAGUCACUCUCGGGAUCAGACUCGGAGGGCUCUGACGAGGAAGAUGAGGGCGAGGCCAAAGGCGGCGACAGCACACUAACUGCUCUGCUCAGACGCCAGGCUAGGAUAUCUCAUCAGCAGUUCGCCGACGCCACUGAAGACUCCAAAAAGCGUUCGUUUGGUAGUGCACCACUGUUAUGGUUAACAACUCCAAAACUUGGAAACGAUAUCGGGUUAGGCGUCUAUCGAGCCAUCCUAUCAACCGAGGAGCAAGACCAGGCAUCCACCUCUCUUGUGGACAUUCUCAAAAAGAAGCAGCUUAAACCGACAGUUGCCAAACACAGUGGGAAGUCGCAAGGAGACUCAUCACAAGCGAUGAGAACCGAUCCCCAUUUUUUCCUCUGCAUGAUCGGGGGCGGUCACUUCGCUGCUAUGGUCAUCUCAUUGGUACCGGAACUGAGAAAAGGCCCUGGUGGCAUCGAGGAGCGUCACCCAGUCGUUAAGGCCCACAAGACCUUUCACCGAUAUACCACGAGGCGGAAACAAGGUGGUUCUCAAUCCGCAAACGACAACGCGAAAGGAAACGCCCACUCAGCGGGUUCAUCCAUCCGCAGAUACAAUGAGAUGGCCUUGGAAGCCGACGUCAGAGCAGUGUUGUCAGAAUGGAAAGGCAUGAUCGACGCCGCCGAGUUGCUCUUCAUCCGGGCUACCGGAAGUACCAACAGAAGGACUUUGUUCGGCCCCUACGAAGGUCAAGUCUUGAGAAGCAAUGACAAGAGGAUACGUGGGUUCCCAUUCAGCACACGUCGGGCCACUCAAGGCGAGCUUUUGCGUUCGUUUCAAGAGCUCACUCGACUGAAGGUGGGAAAACUUGUUGAGCCGAUCGCUGAGAAGAAUAUAUCCGAGAAAGCUGCAGCGAAAGAGUCGAAACCGAAACCUCAAGCACCGAAGCUUAGCAAGGAAGAGGAAACCGCUCAGUUUCAUACUUCUCAGCUUCAAGCCCUUAUACGGCGUUCAAAGGCACCUGGAGUCCUACUCUAUCUAACCAAGAACGAACUAUCCCCAGAUUUCACCUUUUACCCUCCUGCCGACCACCAUCACGCGCCUACUCCACUCCACCUCUCCGCAUCAACAAAUUCACCGCCAUUGGUUCUAGCCCUCCUUACCAAGGCUCACGCCGAUCCUACUAUAAAGAACGGCGAUGGCAAGACAGCAUAUGAAAUCGCAGGCGACACCAAAACCAGAGACGCCUUCCGCAUCGCUCGACACCAGCUUGGAGAAAAGGCGUUCGACUGGUCUGCGGCGCAUGUUGCCUCACCUCUUUCACAAGAAGAAUCCGAUGCAAAGGCGGCACAGGAGAAGGCGGCCUCUGACGCUGCAGAGGCGCAGCGCAGAAAAGCCGGCCUCGAACAUCUCCGACUGGAAGAGGAGAAGCGUAACGUGAACAGGAUCGAGAAGAAAGCCGGAGCAGGCAAGGCGCUCGCAGCCGCAGUGGAGAAGACCGGGGCGGAUAAGAGAGAGGAAGAGGUGCGUGGACUGACACCCGAAAUGCGCAUGAGGCUAGAGAGGGAACGGAGGGCAAGGGCGGCCGAAGAGCGGAUCAGGCGCAUGCAGGGAGCGGGCUGA